CACAAACGCGGCAGUGCUAAGUUGUAUUUGUAGUGAGUGUGAGUUACCUUGGAUCAUUAGAUUAACAGAACCAUUUGCGAUAUAAAUCCGGGAAUAAAAGGGUUUAUCUUUUAAACCGAGCACACAAGUCUAGCACACAAGUUGAAGCGACGACUUGGGGCUAUUGAAACCACGACUUGGGGCUAUCUGUUCAAAUGGUUUUUGACGAUGGCGGAUAGAAACCAAACAAGAAACACAAACCAGGACAAUUUCUACGCCUUUGACCCACGGGGUCGUGGCACAGGAGCCCGACCCCCCAUUGUGCCAAGCAUUCGCCCACAUUCCCCACCCCGAGAGCCGGGCCGCUUUGAGUCGAGUUUCUCCCCGUCCCAAGCUCUCACCCGAGACAGCGGCUACAACACCGACGUGUCCCCAGCCACCACCGUCUCCCCCGCCACCCACAUCCCAGUCAGGCAGCACUUUACAUUUGAUGAACUGCCCAGAAGCCACUGUGAAGGGGACGAGCAUUUGCCCACCUUAUCGGCCUUCAACGCUCCCAGAUCUCCGCUAGCUCACGUGUUGGACUCACCUGCCCGAGAUCGCCGAGGUUUUAGAAGAUCUACACCUCCACUAAGGGUCUCACCAGAAAUUUUCAGAACCUCCGCAUCCCCAGCAAGUUCUUUGGGCCGCGGGGCUCUCCCCUCCCCCCGCCCCGUGUCGGAAGCCUCUGACGUGAACACACCUCUCUUUGAUUUUGACAGCGAGGAGGAGGAAGACAAUCGUGAUAAGAACGAAACCAUCGGCACCUUGAUGCCCCCUCCAGCAUGCAGAGCAAUAAACCGAUUGGAACAUUCCAGAUCAUUAGUCCACUACCAAGGCGGCGAAGAAGAUGUCGACGAGAAGAAUUCCCUCAGUUGCAGCCGAUACCUCGAGCACUGGGUCCAGACUUCCAACAUGAGCGUGUCCAGGUAUGGCGGCCUGUCAGCCCGCCGCCGCAGACAUGCGAGUGAGCACAUACCCCAGGCAGCAGCUCUACAUGAGCCUGGGGAGUUCCACGCCUACCGGAGUCAGAGCUUCAGUGACUCUCUGACCAGCGGGGAGCAGAGUAGAUCCUGCCAGAUAUCACGUGACUCCUCGCUCAGCCAAGGGUUCCAGCCCGGCUGUCGCGACACCUUCAUGUCAAGGAGCAGCAGCUACGACUCGGAAAACGUCUUCACCUUUGACCCUGACGAUAUCGACGACUACCAGAGGACGGAAAGCUCGACCGUCACUGAGAGAAGAAGCGCCGCAGUUAACAUUGUCCACCAGAGGCCCCCUCAAAGCCCCGCCUCACGCUACGAGAAGCCCCCUCAAAGCCCCGCCUCACGCUACGAGAAGCCCCCUCAAAGCCCCGCUUCACGCCAGUGCCGGCGACGAAGCUUUAUGGCGUCGUCCCAUGUGAGGAUGUCCAACGGAACAUUGCUGCCUUGGGCAGGCACCAUCUUGGGGGUCUCCGUCUCCACCCAGACCCCCCACAUGGCCAGUCUAUUUAUAGAAGAGAUUGUCGGUACCCCAUUACCCUUGCCUCUGCCCUAUGAAGCUAUUGGAACAGCCGCCGCGACCUUGCGACGUCGCUCUUCAGAGAGUGGUGUCCAUUUGGGGCUCCAUUCUAGCUCCGCCCCCUUACCUGACAUCAUACCUACCAUGGGACGUGACCGGUCCCACUCCGUGCCCGACUUCCACGCCCUGCAGAGAGCAGAGAGGACGGCAGAGGCUGGGCGACAGGUGGGGAGGGAGCUCAGGAGGAUGAGUGACGAAUUCAACUUCAGUUUCGUAGCCUUCAGACGAUUGAGCCCCGUCAAUGAGGAACUGUUUGACGGCCACCCCUCCUCCUACCCCUCUGCCCGGGGACAGAGCGGGGUGAUCAGACGACUUCAGUGGCUGUGGCGGGAGGCCACUGGACGCCGGGUCAGCCUACCACGCAGCGGCUCAUCAGUUGACCUGUCCGACCAGCAGGCGGGGCCAGCAGAGGGAGCCAGCAGUCAGGGGCCCACGGCCCAUUGACGACGGCUCAAAGGUUAAGGACAUACAUUUAAGCUGACCUCUGGGACGUCGGAGUGAGUAACCUCAACCCUACCAAAGCCAAAUUGUUUUCAGCUGACUGGUGCACCAACUUCAUGACUAGUGCACCAACUUCAUGACUGGUGCACCAACUUCAUGACUAGUGCACCAACUUCAUGACUGGUGCACCAACUUCAUGACUGGUGCACCAACUUCAUGACUGGUGCACCAACUUCAUGACUAGUGCACCAACUUCAUGACUAGUGCACCAACUUCAUGACGAGCACGUUGGAUCAGCUUCAAUCACGUGACCUCAGCUAUUGCCCCGCCUACUUUGAGCUGUCUGACGUCACUUGUUGGUGUGUUGAGAAAGCUCACAUUUGGCCGCUUGUGUGUGCAACAACUGCCACGUACUGUGGUCUCCGUGCACCAGAGUUCCAUUUGUCCAUCGACUGCUUGGUUCCAUCCUUCAAACGUCGACCUCAAUGAGCACUGCAACAAAUCCUUGACCUUGGAGUCUAGACAGCACUAACCGAGCACAUGUUGUUGUAUUGAACUUGUACAUCCUAGGUUAACUCAGACAUUUCAAGCUAUUCAGGGGAUGUUCUUUGGUUUUGUUUACUUUUACAAUGUUGAUAUUGAUGUUCAUUUUUUUUUACACUUUUUCUCAUUUCUUCUACAGUCACAUCCAAAAGUCAUGCAUGUAUCUAGUGCGAUUUAAAAGUUGACUGGAGCAGUUUGUAGUGUAGUCAACUAGCAUAUACAAACCACGCCACAUUCCACAUGGCACUAAUGCCUGUACACCAUGCGUACACCUGUCCUCCGUGUGUACAUAGUUUCUAUGCAUUAAGUUUUAGACGAGUAUUAGACGCAGCAAGCCCAUGUCACCCAGUCUAUUGUUUCCCUCUUCACUCAACCAGAAACCUUUGUUGAGCUGCUAGCUGUCUCACAUUUAUUCUUGUUAUUUCUUUAAUCCCACUAGAAAACUCGGUCAAAACUUUUGCUCUUAGAAAAGUUUACCUGUAGGAAAAUGUUUUAUUUUUAUUAGCGUGAAAAAAGUUUACCUGUAGGAAAAUGUUUCUUUUGAUUAGCGCGAAAAAAAAGUUUAUUGUCAGAUUGUAGCUCCCCUCCCCACCCUGCUUUAGGGCGGGGUAACCCCCCCCCCCACCCUGCUGUAGGGUGAGGUCACCCCUCUAUACAACUACAUGACCCCUCCAUAUUUCCGCCCCUUGAUGUCUUUCCCGCUAGAGCAGGCACCAGCAGCAGACAUGGACUCUAGUCGUUGUAACGUCCUGACGUUGUAACGUCCUGACGUUGUAACGUCCUGACGUUGUAACGUCCUGACGUUGUAACGUCCUGACGUUGUAACGUCCUGACGUUGUAACGUCCUGACGUUGUAACGUCCUGACGUUGUAACGUCCUGACGUUGUAACGUCCUGACGUUGUAACACCGGAAGUGAGAUCACGACCAUAUUGGUCUCACCACUCCCACCGCUGUACGUUAGAGUCUCAAGCUGAAUCCAAGUGCAAUAUCAAUUUUAAGUAUCGGAAAUUUUAUUCUCAAAUGUGAGCUUAUUGAUGUAUUUAUUUUUUGAGAAAUUAAAGUUGCCUUAAUUUUAAACCUCAAAAGUUUGCUGGCUUAUAGCAACUGAUGAUCGAAACAAAUGUGACGACAGUUAAAUAAUAUUGGGUGCCUAGGUUUUUUUUUGGAGUGCUGGCUUGCAUUGCCUACAAUUUGGUGCCUAAGUUUUUUUGGAGUGCUGGCUUGCAUUGCCUACAAUUUGGUGCCUAAGUUUUUUUUGGAGUGCUGGCUUGCACCACCCUAGUCUCACGUGUCUUUCACAAGUUGAAGCCUCACAUAGCGGGAGCGGGGGGAGUCCUUCCCUACAUGUAGGCUACAGAGCCGGGCAGGAGACUCCCACCAAAUACUAGUCAGGAGCGCCCCCUGUUGUGUGAGCUCAGGGUUGUCGUACCUUGAGACGAACAAUUGGUCUCUAUGUUUACGUGAUUGUGCUUAUGGUGCUGUUUGUGUUCACCUCCCGUCUCACCCCCCCCCCCCCACACACACAUUGACUGUCGCACUAAGAUAACUUGGAGCUAGGUGGUUGACGUGUCGCUCCCAUAGCAACCCCAGCAAACCACGUGACCAGCUAAGCUUGUAUUCCAGUCCACACUGGUGGGAUGAAGCCUUGUCUAGUUCCAGCAGCCCGACUUACCCUAUAGAUACAAACGGGGGCCUUAAGCAACUGGAUUUUGCUAUUGAUACAACCGUUGUGCUAUUGAUACAACCAUUGUGCUAUUGAUACAAUGAAUCUACUAUUGAUACUAUUAUUUUUCCCCCAUGAUUUAUAAAUUGUAACCACAUCAAUCUACAUGGAAAGUCCUUGUACAUAGAGCUGAUUUAGUGAUUGUUUUCAAUUCAAUGAUCUCCAAAUGUUUAUAUGUCCAUAACCUGACAUGUCCAUUUAGUUUGAACUCACAUGUUUAGCUUUAUUUGCCUUCAAUGAUGACUUGUUUUAGUCUAACAUAAUGUAGAGAAAUACAUGCGUCUUUUUGUCACUUCAAAGAUUUGUUUUCUGACAUCAAUAUUAAGACUAUGUCGAGUUAAAAACGUCUGUAUAGUCCGGCACAAUGGGUGCCUUCUGUAUUUGAUUCUGUGGGUUAUCUUAACCUUCAGCAGUUUAAAACUUUAAGAUGUAGAUCAAACCAUUAUCGUUUUGUUAAGAAUUGAUUAUUUUUUAUUGUAUUACCUUUGAUUGUGUUACUUCUGAUUGUAUUACAUUUUAGUUGUGUUACUUUUGAUCGACUUUGACUUGGGCUGUGGAAGAUUUAUUGUAAAUAUGUUUUCAGUUUUGGCUGGCAUGAAAGAAUUGAAUGUGCUAUGAUCACUAGCCUGUGACACUUUGUAUUCAUCGCCAAUUGUUAUGUACCAGCAUGCUCUCCCUUUCAGCUUGUUUGUUUCCAACUUUUUAACAUUUGGUUUCAAAAGAAAUUAAAUCUCCAUUCACUUUAUUAA